AUACAUCAUUAUUGUAUUGUUAUCUGUUCAUAAAAAUAGUAAUAAGCUUUUGAAUAGAUAUGACGUUCUGGAAUUCAAUAUUUUGCAAAUCUCAAGUUGUGCUUAGUGCAAUGAAGAAAGUACCAAGCAUAUUAGAAAAAAACACUUUACAGCACAAAAAGUGUCUUGAAUUGAGAAAUUUGAAAGACAAUUACUUAAAUCCGUACGGUUAUAUGCCUCGAAAAAUGCAAAGCAAGACUUCACUGAAGGAUGAAAUCCUUAAAGUGAUGGAUAAUUUGGAAAUCAAAGGAGGAAGUACAGAUGCUGCAAUUGAAAAUGACGGUUCAGGAGUAGAUAAUACAUCGCGCACAGAACUGUUCCGACUAGCAUCACUAUAUAACGGCCCUGAACGUAAUCUGGUGAAUUUUCCUAGAAUGGUGAAGUCAGAAGAUUCACCUAAAACUAGCUAUUUGUCCGUUUUCAAAGAGUGGUUUGAAUUAUUUUCCAAAAAGACUGGAUUCACAGAGCCGUUCCGAGUAGCACCACUGUGUGCUAGUGCCGUGUGCACAACUGAAACCAAACCGGCAGUCGCCGAGACUAAUAAAUCAAUUAUUGUCGCGGGGUUCCCAAAACCUAAUGGCCUACCUCAACCGAAUCCAUUUAACGGUCCCGAACGUGAUCUGGUGAAUUUUCCUAGAAUGGUGAGGUUAGAAGAUCCGCCUAAAACUAGGUAUCUGUUCGUGCCCGAAGAGUGGUUUGAAGUAUUUUACGAAAAGACUGGAGUCACAGGUCCAUACGUUCUUGCUGCUGGUAUUACGACUUUUCUAUUAAGUAAGGAAAUAUGGGUAGUCGACCAUGAGUUCCCAUAUGUGUUAGCUACAAUCGGAUUAUUUUAUGUCGGUUGGAAAAAAUUCGGAGCAUCUUUGGCGAGCUCCAUCGAUAGAGAAAUUGACGAAUAUGAAGCGUCUUGUAAUUCCAGCCGAAUAGGUGAGAUCGACAGUUUAAGGAAAACGGUUGAACAUCAAAAAAUAGAAGUGUGGAGAACUGAAGCACAAGCCCAAAUAAUUCGAGCUAAACGAGAGAACGUAGCUAUUCAGUUGGAAGCUGCGUAUGGAGGACGGCUCAUUCCGUCAUUCGAGCGUACAACCAGGUAUUAUAUUUAAUUGUAAAAAAGUAUUGUAUAAAUAUCUAUAAUAUUUUAUUUAUUUUAAGGUAAAAAGACGUUUGGAUUAUCAAGUGGAUUUGGCUAACCUGACACGCACGGUACAACAUAAAAAUAUGGUAAAGUGGAUCGUAGACAAUGU